AUGAAGAUGCAGCUCAUCCCCUUUGCUCUCGCGUUCAUGGGAACGUCCACGACCGCCAAGAUCCUCAAUGACGGCACAAAGUUCGCAUACGGCAAGGCCUUCGAUAACAAGGUCCAGUGGCAGAUGGCCGGCGUCCUCGAAUCCCCCUGCACCGGCGACUUCGCCAAUAUCGGCAUCUCCGACUGCUACCAAUUCUCCCUCUCCGCCGACGGAUCCAAGAACCUUGAUACCAACCACCUCGACUCGCCCCGCCAGCGCAACGAGUUCCGCUGCCCCAAUAACGCCGCGGGCGAGACGCACACCUACGAGUGGAAGACGCGCAUCGCGGGGGACACGGGCACGAGCAACAACUUCUUCCACCUCAUGCAAAUCUUCGACCAGGAGCAGGGCGGGCCGAUGCUCACGCUCACGGCGCGGAAAGGCAGGGUAGGCGUGGAGAGCGCGAGCUUGUGUGGGGAUGGGUGCGCGAGCACGGAGUGGGGGAAUUAUACGGACAAGACAGUGCAGCAUACGAUGAAGAUCACGUUUGGACCUAAUGGUUCGAUGGACUACAACGUCGAGGACGCGGACACCGGCGAGAGUCUCAUCUCUCAGUCGCUGAAAGGUGCUUUCGGCAGCGAUGCUACCUAG